AUGAUUCUUUGCAUUUUAGUCCUUUUCAAAAUCGUUCUGCUUUCUCCUCUGUCUCUUUUGUCGCUAAGAUUGUUCGAGUCCAGGUCGAAGAAAAUGGCGCUUCUUUUAUCAACAACGAUGAACAAUCUGAGGCCUAAGCUAUUCUGUCAUAGUAGUGGAAGCGUAAAUGAAAACCCAGCAACAAUGUUCCGUCUUUUCACAGGAUUGAAUGUGAAGAACAAUAAAAGGGAAAAGUUUUCGAUAAUUGGUUUAGCGAUAAAGAACCCGUCAGGUAGUCAAACGACAGAGAGAAUUCAUGGAAAAAUCACGCCAAGGAAAGGAAAGGGUCCAGUUUUAAGUGAGGGGAGGGAUGAGGAUGAGAACUAUGGUCCUGUUUGUCCAGGAUGUGGUGUUUUUAUGCAAGAUAAAGACCCGAAUUUUCCUGGGUAUUAUAAGAAAAGAAGGGUCAUUACAAAGGAAGUGUUAAAAGAUGAGGAUGGUGGAGAAGAGGGCUUUGAAGGUGAAAUUGAAGGGUUUAGUGAUGAAGAAGGGGAGGAAUUUUGGGAUGGAAUUGAGGGUAAAUUGGAGGGGAGUGAUUCAGAAGGAGAUGAUAUGGAGGAAGGGGAUGAGUUUGAUUGGGAUUCUGAUGAAUGGGAAGCUAAGUUUUUGAAAGAGGAAGAUGAAUCUGAGUUUGAUGGUUUUGCUCCAGCAGGUGUUGGUUAUGGUAAUAUUACUGAGGAGACUAUAGAGAAGAGUAAAAGGAAAAGAUUGUCAAAAGCUGAAAGGAAGAGAUUGGCUAGGGAAGCAAAGAAGGACAAGGAUGAGGUAACUGUGUGUGCGCGUUGUCAUUCAUUGAGAAAUUAUGGGCAGGUGAAGAAUCAAUCUUCUGAAAACUUGAUACCUGAUUUUGAUUUUGAGAGACUGGUUGCAACCAGGUUCGUAAAGCCUACUGGGAAUGAUGGUGCUACGGUAGUUGUUAUGGUUGUUGAUUGUGUUGAUUUUGAUGGGUCCUUCCCAAAACGGGCUGCAAAUUCACUGUUCACGUUGUUGGAAGGAGCUCAAAAUGACCCCAAGCUUAGCAAAAAGGUACCAAAACUUGUUCUGGUCGCUACAAAGGUUGAUCUCCUUCCCUCACAAAUUUCACCUACUAGGUUAGACAGAUGGGUCCGUCACCGUGCUAAGGCUGGAGGAGCACCAAAAUUGAAUGGAGUAUAUAUGGUGAGUGCCCAUAAGGAUUUGGGUGUGAGGAAUUUGGAAGUAAAAGUGUCUGGAACCAGUUGGGUUGUGAACAGUGUUGACAUUGCAGCAGCUGGUUUGGGUUGGUUUUCCUUGGGUCUAAAGGGUGAAGCAUCACUAACAUUAUGGACAUACGAUGGAAUUGAGAUUACUACAAGAGAGCCAUUGGUUCUUGACCGGGCACGAUUUAUUGAGAGACCUGGAUUUUGGCUAUCCAAAGCUAUAUCAGAUGCUAUUGGCAACCAGACUAGAUCUGAAGCUAAGAAAAAGAAACUUCAAGAGGAAAGUUCAGAAACCCUGGUAGAGGUCUCCGCUUGAAGUGGAUAUUGAUCAAAUAAUAUAAUCCUUAAUCAAAGAUGUAAAUUUAUGCAUGUAACAUUGGCUCGGUUGUAUUGUCGACUGCCUGGGGUUUGCUGACGGGGGAUAUACAGCAAAGGAUGCAUUAGCUCACCCUCUGGAAGUAGAAUAUUGGUGUAACAAGUUUUGCAUUUGCAUUAUGAGAUCUAUGCGGUUUCAGUAUGUAUGGAACCUCAGCUCUUGUACAAAAGAGAUUGUAGAGAAGUCUUGUUGUUUGAUUUCUGCCGCUAAAUGAACAGGGAUGGUAUAACAAUAAUUUCUGCUUAGCAACGAACAGAGGGUUUCACCA